AUGAGAGCCACGGAGCCUCUCAUCACCACGAGAGCCAUGGAGCCCCUCACCACCACGAGAGCCACGGCGGAGCCUCUCACCCACCACGAGAGCCAUGGCGGAGCCCUCUCACCCACCACGAGAGCCACGGAGCCCCUCACCCACCAUGAGAACCACGGCGGAGCCCCUGAACCACCACGAGAGCCACGGAGCCCCUCACCCACCACGAGAGCCACGGAGCCCCUCACCCACCACGAGAGCCACGGAGCCCCUCACCACCACGAGAGCCACGCCGGAGCCCCUCACCCACCACGAGAGCCACAGCGGAGCCCCUCACCCACCACGAGAGCCACAGCGGAGCCCUCUCACCCACCACGGGAGCCACGGAGCCCCUCACCACAACGAGAGCCAUGGAGCCCCUCACCCACCACGGGAGCCAUGGUGGAGCCCCUCACCCACCACGAGAGCCACGGAGCCCCUCACCCACCACGGGAACCACGGAGCCCCUCACCCACCACGGGAACCACGGAGCCCCUCACCCACCACGAGAGCCACGGCAGAGCCUCACCCACGAGAGCCACGGAGCCCCUCACCCACCACGAGAGCCACGGAGCCCCUCACCCACGAGAGCCAUGGAGCCCUUCACCACCACGAGAGCCACAGCGGAGCCCCUCACCCACGAGAGCCAUGGAGCCCUUCACCACCACGAGAGCCACAGCGGAGCCCCUCAACCACCACGAGAGCCACGGAGUCCCUCAACCACCACGAGAGCCACAGCGGAGCCCCUCAACCACCACGAGAGCCACGGAGCCCCUCACCACCACGAGAGCCACAGCGGAGCCCCUCAACCACCACGAGAGCCACGGCGGAGCCCCUCACCCACCACGGGAGCCACGGCGGAGCCCCUCAACCACCACGAGAGCCACGGAGCCCCUCACCACCACGAGAGCCACAGUGGAGUCCCUCACCCACCACGAGUGCCAUGGAGCCCCUCACCACCACGAGAGCCACAGCGGAGCCCCUCAACCACCACGAGAGCCACGGCGGAGCCCCUCAACCACCACGAGAGCCAUGGUGGAGCCCCUCACCCACCACGAGAGCCACGGAGUCCCUCACCCACCACGGGAGCCAUGGAGCCCCUCACCACCACGAGAGCCACGGAGUCCCUCACCACCACGGGAGCCACGGCGGAGCCCCUCAACCACCACGAGAGCCACAGCGGAGCCCUCUCACCCACCACGAGAGCCACGGAGCCCCUCACCACCACGAGAGCCACGGCGGAGCCCCUCACCCACCACGGGAGCCACGGAGCCCCUCACCCACCACGGGAGCCAUGGUGGAGCCCCUCACCCACCACGGGAGCCACAGCGGAGCCCCUCACCCACCACGAGAGCCACGGAGCCCCUCACACACCACGGGAGCCACAGCGGAGCCCCUCACCCACCACGGGAGCCACGGCGGAGCCCCUCACCCACCACGAGAGCCAUGGAGUCCCUCACCACCACGAGAGCCACGGAGCCCCUCACCACCACGAGAGCCACGGAGUCCCUCACCCACCACGGGAGCCACGGAGCCCCUCACCCACCACGGGAGCCACAGCGGAGCCCCUCACCACCACGAGAGCCACAGAGUCCCUCACCACCACGAGAGCCACAGAGUCCCUCACCACCACGAGAGCCACGGAGCCCCUCACCCACCAUGGGAGCCACGGAGCCCCUCACCCACCAUGGGAGCCACGGAGCCCCUCACCCACCACGGGAGCCAUGGUGGAGCCCCUCACCCACCACGGGAGCCAUGGUGGAGCCCCUCACCCACCACGAGAGCCACGGAGCCCCUCACCCACCACGGGAGCCACGGAGCCCCUCACCCACCACGGGAGCCACGGAGCCCCUCACCCACCACGGGAGCCACGGAGGAAACGGGCCGGGCGGGGACGGGGAGGGCAGGGGACAGGCAAAGCCACGUUCUCCGCAGGAGCUUGCGUCUGCUUGA